ACUUCACCGUGUGACUCGCUGUUAUCGCACCUCGUUCUACAUAUUCACAUAUUCCUACUCGCCUUAUUUAAGUUCACGAACCUACAGCAAAUCUUCACUUCUUCAAACUUAACAUACAAAGCAAGAUGUCGAUUUCAACCUCGUGUGUUACUUUAAACAAUGGCAAGACGAUGCCACUUUUUGGACUUGGGACUUGGCAGAGUAAGCCAGAAGAAGUAAAGACGGCCGUUCGGACGGCUCUGGACGCUGGGUACCGCCUCAUCGAUACGGCAUACAACUAUCUGAACGAAGAAGCAAUAGGCGAAGUCCUAGACGAGUACUUCAAGGCCGGCAAACUGAAGAGGGAAGACAUUUUCAUCUGUACGAAGCUUGCCAGUAUUUACACAAGGCCUGCCGAUGUCGAGUUAUCUAUGUCGAAGAGUCUAAAGAAACUGAAGCUCAACUAUGUUGAUCUGUUCCUGAUACAUGCCCCUAUGGCAUGUCGGGUCCCCGAGGAUCCCAAUAAUGUGUUCCCAAUAAAAGACGGAAAAAUUGAUGCUGAAGAGAGAGUGGACAUUGAAGGUGUCUGGAAAGAAAUGGAAAAACUCGUGGACCAGGGAAAAACCAAAAGUAUUGGCAUAUCAAACUUCAACGCCGCACAGUUAGAGAGGGUCAGGAAAGUCGCGCGUGUUAUGCCAGUAACGAAUCAGGUGGAGUGCCACGCCUACUUCCCACAGACAAAACUUGAGGAAUACAUGAAGCAGUAUAACAUACCAAUAAUGGCGUACGGUCCUAUUGGAUCUCCUGGAAGACAAACUUCACGAUUCAAUUCCGAUAAAACUGACACCAUAGUAUUGUUGAAUGAUCCUGUGAUUGGGAAACUUGCCACGAAGUACAAUAAAACCCCAGCUCAGAUCCUUCUCCGGAAUUUACUCCAAAGGAAUAUUAUAGUGAUCCCAAAGAGCGUUACACCAAGUAGGAUUCAACAAAACGGAAAUGUAUUCGACUUUGAAUUAUCGCCUGAGGACAUGACGGCUAUUACAGGAAUCAAUAAAGGAGUUAGACUGUUUAAAGCGGAAGUAAUGGCACAACUCUACGACUAUCCAUUCCAUGCUGAUGUUUAGAGACUGCUUUCACUCUUUAAAUACGGAUCAGAGUACAUGCAUGUGAUAAAUAAAUAAGUCCGCCAGUUAAACACGG